AUGACAACGAGCCUGAAACACCACCCACUUGACGACUGGGACCAACCGCUACCUAAGCAACAUAAAGCAUCCUGGGAAGCUUGGUGCAAAUCCCUCUCAGACCUAACCGAAGUCAAAGUCCCACGUACCUACGCAAGUGUGUCACUGUCCGAAGCAAGCCGUAUAGAAAUCCACACAUUUUGCGACGCCUCCACCGAAGCCAUUGAUGCUGUCUCAUACGUCAAAGUCGUCCUGAAAGACGGUCAAGCCCAAGUAUCAUUCGUGUUCGGCAAAGCUAAGCUGGCUCCACCCCAUGCCACAACGAUUCCCCGUUUAGAGCUUUGUGCUGCAAUGCUCGGCGUAGAAAUUACGGAGCUGGUUAUCGAAGAGUUAGCAGUAAAACCACACUCCUUAACCUAUUACACGGACAGUGAAGUCACACUAGGAUACAUUCUUAACGAAACGCGCCGGUUCUACGUGUACGUCAGCAACCGCGUACAAAGAAUACGAAGGUCGUCGUCGUCAGAUCAGUGGAGAUACGUGGCAACUGAUCUCAACCCAGCAGAUCUAGCUACUCGAUCGGUGAGAGUCUGUGACCUUAAAAACUCUUCUUGGUUGGCCGGCCCGAAUUUCCUCCAAAGCACAAGUUUCCUCGACGUUCCACUGGAGACCGAGACCUUCCAACCCCCACAAGAAGACCCAGAACUUCGUCCCGAAAUCACAACCCUCGCCACGAACGCAAAGCCAGGAGUUCAGAAAAACCUUGGAACCCACGGCAUGGUCAGAUCAAAAGGAUUCUGGAUCGUCGGCGGAAAACGCCUCGUCAAUCGCGUUAUCCAUCAGUGGCUGAAAUGUAAGAAACUCCGAGGGAAGCUUCAUCACCGGAAGAUGGCAGACCUCCCAUCAGAACGCAUCACUCCAUCACCUCCUUUCACCUACGUCGGACUGGACGUUUUCGGUCCAUGGGAGGUCACAGCUCGUCGCACCAGAGGAGGACACGCUUACAGUAAACAAUGGGCAGUAAUCUUUACUUGCCUUUCAACGAGAGCUAUUCAUAUCGAAUUAAUCGAGAGUAUGGACGCUUUUAGUUUCAUAAACGCACUUCGAAGAUUUAUGGCUAUCAGAGGGCCCGUUCAACAGAUUCGCUCGGACUGCGGAACGAACUUCAAAGGACUCAGAACGAACUAGAAUCGGCUCUAAAGGAAACGAAUCAAAAGAUCGUGGAGACAUACUUGAAUUCUCAAGAAAAUUCUGGACUCAAUGA